AGCUGUUUGGCUGAGCUGAGCUGAUUCUCCCGCCGUUUUGUGCUGAGACCUUGCCGCGAGAAUGGCGCGGCAAGUCUUGGUGGAUGAGGAGCUCUCACAGAUGUCCACCGAGGAGGAUCUGGAGAAAGUGGAGGAGAAGGCUGCUUGGAGGGAAAGGUACAUCGUGCCCUUGGUCUUCGUGGGCUUCAUCAUCAUUCGCGCCCUGGACCGGAUCUUCCUGUAUCGUGUCCAGAAGUCCAUGGCCGACUACACGGCGAUCUUGAUGAGUAUCUAUUGGCCCCCUAUGGUGCAGGUGAUGUGUUUCUUCGUCUCCUUGGGCUAUGUCUUCAACAAGCGCCGGAGUGACAAGUCCUUCGGCCUCUCCUGGUUCUCGCCCUUCAGCGAACGCGCCUCCACCCAGGGAGCGGUCCCGCAGAAGUGGAUCGCGCAGUUCGCGCUCUACGACCAGAUCAACGCCAUCGUCAGUGCGCCGCCCUCGCCCUUCAUCCCGCUGGUCUUGCAGACGCCACUGAACAACUUAGUGGUGCUCUUCACUGCUUUGAUCGCCUAUUUCUACCUGAAGACCCGCUUCAAGAUGGUGCACUAUGCAGGCAUUUGCAUCAUCCUUUGCUCUUGCUUAGUGGGAGUUCUGGUGGAGUUGCAAGGCCCUGCGCCCAUCAUUUGCAAGGGUCUUCACGAGGCAGAGGCGGCCUUAGCCAACCCAGCCACUGCGGCCACUGUCUCUCAAGAGACCAGAUGGUUGGUGGCCAACGCCACAGACGAUUGCACGACUGGGCUCCCACCCUAUAAGGACGCCGAUGGAAAGAUUAUCUACAUCAGUUUUGGAACUUUGGCCACGAUGUACUGCCUCUACAUUUUUGCCAUCGUCCCAUCAGCCUUCAGCAACUGCUACAAGCAGAAGAAGCUGAAACAGGUGAACUUGGACGUGAUGUGGUCCUUUUUCUGGUCAGGUAUGUGGCAGGUGAUUUGGGGCUUCUUGUUGUAUCCCUUGUCCUGGGUGCCUUGGCCCACUCCGACGGGAUAUAACAGCGCAGGGCCUUCCACCUUGGGUCAGGACUUGAGGGAUUCCUGGACCUGCUUCAUGGGACGGAAUCCCAAGCCCUCGGUGACCACCUGCGACGCCGAGCCCGCGUGGAUGUGGUUGAUGAUGUAUCUGCUCUUCAACGUCUUUUUCAACCUCUUCUUCCUUUGGUUGAUCAAACGCCUCAGUGGAACCUGGGCCUCCAUCGGCUCCAUUCUUUGCGGAAACCUCUGCGGGAUCUUCAGCCAGUUCGAACUCUUUGCGGGCAAAUCCGCCGCGAAGCUCACCUUCGAGCAAUGGAUGGCCUUGGUUUUGUCCUCGAUCGCCAUGUGGGUGUACAACAUCAAAGAAGAGGUGGACGUGAACGGCAACAGCGUCUACGGAGAGAAAGAGAAGGGAGAUCAUAGAUACGACACCUUCGGCGUCAUGGGCGUCGAUCCGGACGAGGACGAGUACGCCUCGGACGACGAGCCCACGGCACAGGACCACACCAACUUCUGAGCGGCGAUGGGGACGGGGUGGAACAGGGUGGAGACGGGUGUCCUUGUGAAGGUGUGUUUUUCACGACCACAGACCACCGAUGUCUUUGUUGCGGUGCUCCAGAGGUGGAUUGUGGACAGACA